AUGGCAUCCGCGGAUAACGCCUUCCGAGAUUACUCAUCAGUGGGAGAAAUCUUGGAUCAGGCUGACGCUUACGCUAAGGCUACUCCGUCGGAGAACAAGGUCCUGGAAGUUAUUCAUUUCGCAGAGAGAAUUCAUGAGACGCCAGUCUUCCGGCCGUACAGAGAGCUUCACGUGGACAAGUCCACAGGCAAAGCUCGAGGAGCAGAUGCCUUCGGAAAGGAGUUUGUUGAACUAGGUCACCGCAGUGGCUACACGCGAAAUAUCACGAUUCGUGCCUGCCGCAGAUGGGCACUUAUGCAAGCAGACAAAGCUCAUUCAGAGUCUGCAAGGAUGAGAUUCGCGGGGCAGACUAACCGAGAUACUUACGGGAGGUUCUAUGCCCAUCCGGUUAGUGAAAUAGAUGGACCAGCAAACUACCUUGGGAUUGCAAGCCGAAGUGAGCAUAUUGAAAACCGCCGCGGAAUGGGAAUUUAUCAGAAUUCGCGCCUCUUCCAAUCUCUUCCCGCGAAGGCAGAGUUCGAGUUCCUGGAUCGAAGUGAUAUCAUGUCUCUGGACGAAGAAAUGCGCUCGCUAAGCGCACAACUAUUAUCUGCUACGAUGCCUGAUGAAAAACAUGGGAUUCAAAUCAAGCAAAAGCUCGUAUACAGCAACAAGCAACGGCUUUAUAAAGAGGAGCUGAAGAGGCUUAGAGUCGCCCAAUCAAAUAAGCCUCUAGGCUCUAAUGAGAACCAGGUCAACAUAGAGAAGGAGACUCUUUUCUCCUACAGGCGGAGGGUUAUGCCACAGAGAGACCUUUUAGCCAAUACCUUUCCUAGCAAGGUUUCUUUGCGACAUCACGAUGGGAGACGAGCCCUGAAAGCACUAGAAUUUAUCUGCAAGGAUACAUGCUCUGUUGCAUAUCGUGCCACUCUCCAGCCCGAGGAUGGAAAAUAUUCCAGCUACAUAGAAAGUGGCUACACCUCUACCGAUGCCACAAACGGAGCCGCAUUAAUAGUGGAUGUGGUAUUGCAGAAAUGUGCUUUGAAUGUGACCGCUGGUUCACAACGUCCUGGGAAUGUGAGGAUCAUUGCCAUGAACAUCUUGAGAAUCCCGAUGGGCUACUUCGAUGUGACCCUUUGA